ACCGUCUUUGGGAAACACGUGUCCUAUUUUCAAACACGUUUGCGGCAUUGUCAAAAUAUUGGCAGCCGGAAUUAUUAAGCGUGUGAACGAAAUGGUCUUUUAAUGUACACAGAAACCGGUGACGUCUAACCACUGUGCUAGCAAACCUGGAAGCCAGUCCUUGUCCAACUCUAUUCCGUUGUUUAAAAGAAUAUCAUUAUCGCAGAAAAGAUGUUAAGAAUGGAUGUUCCUGAAACACAGAAAUCAUUUGAAAAUUUCAGUCGUUUAUGGGAGCUUAUUAUGAUAGUUUGUACUGAACUAUUUCGGGAGGUUCUCAGUUAUUACAUUAGACCUUCCGACGAGAGAUUAGAGGCUCACGAGCACAUAGGAAGACUGAAUAAGGUCAUAUAUGGUCUAAAGAGAAGAAUUCUGUCUCCAAUGAGGAAAGAAAUACCACUCUCUUUAACUGACAUUGAGUUUGAAAUGCUUUUUAAAAUUUUACGAAAUAUUGGUCGCAUUCCAUUUUCUUCCGCUUGGGGAAAAGAUCCACAGAAAGGAGACAGAGGCAUUGGGGCUUGUAUAAAGAGAAUACGAUUCUUAAGAAACAUGUUAGCGCACACCAACGGAACAGUGGGUGACGAUGAGUUUGAAUAUUAUUGGGAUGAAUUGCGGGAUGCUAUUGUCUUAAUUGAAGAAGGGUUGAUUGGUGGAAAUAAAUAUCGACGGAAAAUAGAGUCAUUGCGCACUGGAACUAUCUUUACAUCACCGGAAAGCAACCAAGAGAAGCUAAGAAUAAUACAAGCUUCGAAGCAUUCUGCAGUGGUAUCAACAAGUGAUGAAAAAGAAAGAGGUAAAUGUUUUAAAUUUCUGUUUUGUUUUAAAUUCCAAGUUGUUCAA